AUGCGCUCAUCAACAUAUAGAGUGCUGGUGCUACUCGCGGUCGGUGCGUGUGCGAGCGUUAGUCAGACGGUGCUCUUCGCUAGCUCGGGAGACUGGACGACGCGCGCUUCUGCGCCCUCCGCAAUCCUGCUUUUGUCGUUGCCGGUUCAUACGUCACCAGACUCUGCGUGUGCAGCACUGAACGAGACGCUUCUUGCCUGCGACACUGUGCCCGCGUUCGAGCAUAAACUGGCCUACCAGGCUUCGCUCGGUGCAAUCGCCUCAGCCGAAGUCGUUCACUCCGCAUGCUCCUCGCGCAAAAGCAAAGGGGCAACCAAUAUCCUCUGCACGAACACCCCGCCGUACACAACGACCAUAUUUACGGACUUCACGCACUAUCCCCGCACGACGGUAUCCUCGGUCAACCAUACGUCAUUCGUUGGCCUACGCGAUCACCUCGGGUUCAGGUUCAUGGGUAUUCCAUAUGCGAUGCCGCCCGUUAUCAGACAGGCGUGUUUGCAGUUCGGCUCGUUCGCGGGGAACGCGAGCGGGUUGAAUCUGUGGGGGAACGAUGAAGACUACUUGCACUUGAACGUGUUCACGCCGCAUGUGCCCGAUGAAAGCACCUCGGGAAAGAAAGGGCUCAAGCCGGUCAUGCUCUGGAUACACGGAGGCGACAAUAUCAACGGCGCCGGCAGCGACAGCACCUUUGACGGCGGAGCGUUGUCCCAGCGCGCGGACGCAGUUAUCGUGUCCAUCAACUACUGCUUGAACAUCUUCGGAUAUCUUGCUCUACCGAACGCGACGAAUAACCUCGUGCACGGGAACUUCGCAUUGAGCGACAAGAUCGCGGCGUUGGAGUGGGUGCAGAGGCAUAUUGAAGCGUUUGCAGGGGAUAAGGGUAGGGUUACGGUUUUCGGACAGAGCGCCGGUGGAUGGAGCACAAUCGAUCUCAUCAAGUCUCCCCGCGCCCGAGGACUCUUCGCGCGCGCCAUCGUGCACUCAGGCAGCGCCGGUAACGUUGCUGCGCAGAGCGUCGUAGAGGCCGAGGCUUGUGUGUGUUCCCACCAUCUCAACAUCCGGCUAUCCAUCAAAAGCUGA